AUGGAUAGAAAAUCUGCUAGAAUAAAAGCAGAGUUGCAAAGAUAUGGUUGGAGAGUUUCGAAGAAGUUUAAAUAUAGGAAGGGAAGACCCAUAAAAGUCUAUGACAAACUGGCUGGUCUGACCUACGAAAUGGAUUUGGAAACAGCACGUGCAAAUUAUCCAAACAGACUAGAGAGGUUAGAAGAAGAACGUCUUAUGGACAUGCCUUUCGAUGUUAGUGAACCUCAAGUUGAAGGACACGACGGCUUUGCCAGAUUCUACUGGAAACAUGACGAACAAUUGCAUCCUUUGAGAAGGAAAAAAGGAAAAGGUGAAGACACACAUGCUCCCAUGGAAAGAACAAGAUAUGCAUAUGAAAAGUAUCGUGAAGUUAGAAGUCAAAUUACAUCUGGUCGAACCUUUACAGUAAACUUUGACGAAGGAAAGAACAAAGAAGGCUUCAUGGGUGUACUUGCUGCAAUUCAAGACGGAAAUA